AUAAGGAGACUGGGUUUUUUCACAAAGGGUGGUGGUUCAUUCCUAGAGUUUCUGAGAAAUUAAGUAUUGUGCAGAAAAAUCAAGUUUUCUUAUAAGUCUUUAUUUUGUUACACUGGCUCAUAGUAGGCAUUCUGUGUGUGUGUGUGUGUGUGUGUGUGUGUGUGUGUGUGUGUGUACGCGCUAAGAAAAUGAGAGUAUCAGGUGUCAAAAGGUAUUUAUUUCUAGUGUUGUGCCUGGAGCCCACAAAAAUAGAACUCUUGCUGGAAGAAUUUGUGUCUGAUGCAAUCAGUUGGCAAACAUGUUGCUAAAAAUACAUGUACUGUAGUACGUAGUUAACAGAGAGCAGCUGAAAGAGGCUGGUAGUUGGGAGUCCUCGUGCUGCUUCCUUGAUUCACAGAACUAGCAGUAGCCAAUUCUUGUUUUCAUCAGUAUUAGCACUUCCCAAUGUGUGUGUUCCUCUGAUAAGCAGAGGUGACUAAAAGCAUGCUGGCUAUUUGAAGGGAGUUCUUGAACUGUCUGACAGGCAGACCAGGCAAGGCCUGCUGAUAGUAGGGCCAAAAACCAUUGCUAUGUCCGAAUUAAAGCUUGGAAGUUGCUUUUUUCUUCCCCUAAGUUGUACUGUGCAAUGCUUUCCAGACCUGUGAAUGAUACCCUUGGUUCCCGACGCAUUUCUUGGCCACUAACACACUGGUUUGUGCAUACAGCAAGUUACAGCAACUACUGUACCGUAUUUUCCCCCUCUAUAAGAUGCCCCCAUGUAUAAGAUGCCCCCUAUUUUGGGGGACUCUGAUUUAAGAAAAUGGGGGGAGAUCUAUCCGUGUAUAAGAUGCCCCCCUAAUUUUGGUCAUUAUUUUUUAGGGGGGAAAUCAUGGAACAAAUAUGGUAUGUAGGGCUGUGAUUUUAUUGGCUGAUGGUUUGGAAAUUAUUUGAGCGAAAUUAAGGCUGCUAUAUUUCUAAAUUUCAUAAAUAUAUAGAACAGCACAAUUUUAUGUGAUGUAAGUUCCCGUAUACAUAAUGGGUUGUAUCCAGCAUAGCACUACAUGAACAAAGUGCAUUGGAUGGACGGUGUUUAACUACCUCGUCUCAUCAGUGCAAGGAUUUCUGCUUGCGCAACAGAAUGUUAUGCCCCCUCCCACUAUUCUAGGGUUUCCCCUAACACUCCUGAGCAGAUUUGGCAAGGCCACAGGGCACACGAGGGGGAGGAGGCAGGGAAGUCUUAUUAUGCAAACAGAAAUCCUUGUGCUGAUGAGACAAGGUAGUUGAACGUUAUGAGUGCAUUUUGUUCUCUUACAGAGGUAAAGUAACAAAAUAAAAAAAAAAUCCUUCCAGUAGCACCUUAGAGACCAAGUAAGUUUGUCAUUGGUAUGAGCUUUCGUGUGCAUUUCUUCAGAUACUGUUCACUGAAACAGAAGUCACCAGACCCUUAUAUCUGGUGAGAGGGUGGGGAGGGGUAUUACUCAGAAGGGUGUUGGGAAUGGGAGAGGUAGAGUAAGUUUAGAGCUGAUAAGGAAAUGUGUUGCAUACACUUCAGUUUCUUCCCCUGCUCCCCAUGUCUUUUCACACGGGACUGACUCACAGCUUCCACAUUGCCAGAAAUGUUCUGUCUCUGUUAGGGGUAGGGGGAUAUGUGGCAUAUGUGAAACAAAGCAUAAACGAAAAACUAGAAAUUGGCUGGCAGUGCUCUUUAUAGAUUGAUGUACUUAAGUGAAAAAUACAGAAAAAAUACAGGCUUUGCCUCUGCAAAGUCAGUUCAAUCAAAUUAGCUUUUCUAACUUGUAUACAGUAUAUCCAAAGUGCAUUAAGGUGGUGCGACAGCUGAGGGUUACAUAGACUGUUUACUGUGAGCUGUAAGAUGGCUGGUGCACACUUGUUUAUGUAUUGAGUGCCCAACAGAGCAGUUUUGCUUUCUGUAAGGGCUACUUAACUUCGCAUUUGCAGCUUAUCUUUGUUUUUGCAGCAUGUGUAGAACUUCUUUUUCAGGAAAAAUAGCCUGGCAAACUGAGGAGAGUGAUAAGCUCCCCCUUGUUAGUUGAGAGUCUCCAUCCCAAGUACAUAGUGUGCUAAUUCACUGGUUUUACACCAUGAGCUGGCUCCUCAUGAUUUUAAGAGAAACUUGGACAUUGUGCUUUGAAACCAAAUUAUGCAUGCUGUUGUACAGCCUGUAUCAGUUUAGGAAAAAAAUAAGGCAGAGGAACAACUUUAAUAGGCUUGCAUCAGCGUACCUUCAUCCUAGGUGCACAGUCAUUUCAUGGGUUGUUGUAAGUUAUGAAGUUUCAAGAUGAUUGACUUGAUGCUUCAGCCUCUAGGAAUCUGUGAAGGCCUCCUUUUGGAUGACCAAUGUGUAUCUUCAGUGAUGAUGCCAGACACUAACCCAGCCAUUCCCUGCCCAUUCCAGUUGUUACAGACUCAUAUGACGCAAAAGCUGCAAUUCAGGAUCCAAAAAACAUUGCUUUUAAAACUGUCUAGAUGAUUGUCGUUGCUUUGGUUGUGUUCUAUGCAAGCAGGAGCCUUCUCCAAGGUUUACGGCUGACCCUUGAACAGCACAUUCCCUGUUUGCUGCAAACCUUGGGGGCUAGCAGCAUGGGCAACUCCUGUGUUUGUCGGGAAGACAGUGGGGUAGAAGACAAUGCAGAAUCCAGAAGUCGCCAGACAGAGAACAGCAGAGUGCCUGUAUCGGACUCCAGGAGCCACCCGAGGGACCCAGUGAGGCCCCCCCGGCGGGGACGGGGGCCACAUGAACCAAGAAGGAAAAAACAUAAUGUGGAUGGAUUAGUACUUGACACGCUAGCAGUAAUUCGGACGUUGGUAGACAAUGAUCAGGAACCUCCUUAUUCAAUGAUGACUUUGCAUGAAAUGGCUGAAACAGAUGAAGGCUGGCUGGAAGUUGUCCAGUCCUUAAUUAGAGUUAUUCCAUUAGAAGAUCCCCUGGGACCAGCUGUUAUAACUUUGCUUUUGGAUGAGUGUCCAUUGCCAACGAAAGAUGCAUUGCAGAAGUUAACGGAAAUAUUAAGUUUAAGUGGAGCUGUUGCUUGCCAGGAUGCCUGUCAUCCUGCCAAACACCGGAACACAACAGCAGUACUGGGCUGUUUGGCAGAAAAACUUGCAGGCCCUGCAAGUGUAGGUUUACUCAGCCAAGGGAUCUUGGAAUACUUGCUGCAGAGCUUGGAGUUCCAGUCCCACCCAACCGUAAUGCUUUUUGCACUAAUAGCCCUGGAAAAGUUUGCACAAACAAGUGAAAAUAAAAUGACCGUUUCUGAAACGUGCAUCAGUGACCAGCUAGUCUUGUUAGAGAAAUGGACAGAUAAUCCAGACUACUUAAAACGCCAAGUUGGAUUCUGUGCCCAGUGGAGUUUAGACAAUCUAUUUUUGAAAGAAGGCAGGCAGUUUACAUACGAGAAAGUUGACUUGACCAACAUAAAUGCCAUGCUGAAUAGUAAUGAUGUCAGUGAAUACCUUAAGAUCUCACCACGUGGGUUGGAGGCCCGAUGUGAUGCGUCGUCUUUUGAAAGCGUUCGAUGUACUUUCUGUGUGGAUUCUGGAGUUUGGUACUAUGAAGUCACAGCCAUUACUUCUGGGGUGAUGCAGAUAGGAUGGGCUACCAAAGACAGCAAAUUCCUCAAUCAUGAAGGUUACGGUAUCGGGGACGAUGAGUACUCCUGUGCAUAUGAUGGCUGCCGGCAGCUGAUCUGGUAUAAUGCCAGAAGUAAACCACAUUCCCACCCGUGCUGGAAGGAAGGUGAUACAAUAGGAUUUUUGCUGGACCUACAAGACAAGAAAAUGAUCUUUUAUUUAAAUGGGAAUCAGCUUCCUGCUGAGAAGCAAGUCUUUUCUUCUGCUGUGUCUGGCUUCUUCCCUGCAGCUAGUUUCAUGUCUUAUCAACAGUGUGAGUUCAACUUUGGAGCAAAACCUUUCAAAUAUCCACCAUCAGCUAAAUUUAGCACCUUUAAUGACUAUGCCUUCUUGACAGCAGAAGAGAAAAUCAUUUUACCAAGACAUAGACGACUGGCCUUGCUAAAACAAGUGAGCAUUCGAGAGAAUUGCUGCACUCUUUGCUGUGAUGAAAUAGCAGACACAGAACUCAGGCCAUGUGGUCACAGUGACUUGUGCAUGGAGUGUGCCUUGCAACUAGAGACCUGCCCUUUGUGUCGACAAGAAAUACAGACUCGGGUCCGACAGAUCGCUCACAUUUCAUGACACGUGGGGAACUGUAUCUUGUGAACUUCCCUCUGAUCCAUUCCAUUCAGUGCUAGAAGGGAAAAGGGCAGCUCUGACCGAGCCACACACAAGCUGAGAGCCCCAACUGUGGCCCACUUUUAUGCUGAACAGUAGACGGAAACGUGUUAAGUCACGCUGCUGCCUCAGAGCUGUGGAAUGUUCUUUUAGCAGAAACGAAAGUUGGCGGUGAGACUUGAGCUACCUGUUGGUUCGUCUCUGAUCAAGGUGGCUGGAAAGUCUGCCUCUUAAGUUUGUCCCCUGUCCACUCGUCCCAUUUUCCUUUCUUCCGCUGCUCCUUCCUCUUGCCCAUCACAUGUCAACAGUUUUGCACUGGAAACAUAAGGCUCAUAAUCUCCUCUAAUGGGGGCAUAUCUGUCUUCUAAAGCCUUUAUUUCAGCAGCCGUCACACAUUUAAAAACAACACCAAUAUUUCUUGGUCAAUGUAGCUUCCUGCUGGUCAGAGACCCUCUGUAUUUUGGACUGUUGACCUGAAAAUGUUCAGACUUGAAUUCUACAUGAAGAAACUGAUUUGUAAAGGAGGUGUUGAGAUUCUAGAAGAAUCCAAUUUUUUUUAUAACUCUGUGAUUCCAAAGAACAUUGAUUCUUCCACCACCUUUUUUUUAAAACUGCAGAAAACUGCAUUUUCAUUCAUAGUGUUUCUAGUUCCUUCAAUUUCAGUACCUACAUUGUUGUCAAAAAAGAAGUGAUUUUAAGGAGGGAUUCUUAUAACAACAGUGCCAGACUGGAGAUAGCUUGUUAUUCUGGGUAUUUUAAAAGGUACCAUUGAUUUUUCUCUCUCUCUCUUUUUAAAUUCAGUAUUUGUUCUUGCAAGUUCUGUACGUUUUGAAAGUAUUGAGCUAUAGAACUCAAGAUCUGGAAAGAAAAUGUGGAGAAACUGUAUUAAUAUUGUUUUGAAAGAAAUACAUGUUGUUUGAAUAGCAAGUCAGUCUAGGUUGACUAAACUACCAUUUCAUUUACGUAGGCUCUAACAAACCUAGUCUGCGAAGCUCAUGCCUAUCCACUUGGCAAAACAUGUGGGAAGGAGGGACACACUGUGCAACUUCUAGGGUUGCACAAACCAAUAUCAAAAAGCUCAUAGGGGCAAUGUGCAUAUUGUGCCUCUGUGCAAGUGCAGAAAAAUCACUGAAAUCAGCUGUGUGAGAAUCUCAGCCUUAAAGAAAAGAAAGUAAGUUUCUAGUUACGGUUGCAAGGUACCUUUGGAAGGAUAUGUGAAUAAUGUCUGUUGAAUUCUUAAGAUGUCUCGACAUUGUUGAAUCACAUUUCCAGUGGUUCAGGAUGGGGCUUCAGUUUCCCGUCUUAAUUUAUAGAGUGCUGAAUCCAGCUUUUCUUGAUUCAUUAAAAAACAAAAAGCAGUUGCAACUAUUAUUUAUUUUACUAAAAUCUGCUACCCGCUUUUCUUUAUAAAGGAAUUCCAAAGCUGGGUACAAUACCAAUGAAAUACAAUAAAACCAUAAACUGGGAUAGCUCAGUUGGUCAAGCAUGAUACUCUUCUCAGGGCUGUGGGUUCGAGCCCCAUGUUGAGCAAAAGAUUCCUGCAUUGCAGGGAGUCGGACUACUUGAUCCUCAUGGUCCCUUCCAGCUCUACAAUUCUAUGCAGUAACGUCAGAUGAGAGCACAUAGACUGUUUAAUAAUACCUGUUUACAAAGUGUAGCAACACAGAUACCCCCAAACCUGGUUGAACAGUAGAUCUUCAGUAGUCACUGAAAGCUGACAACUCAGCGCCAGGCAAGUCCACAUAGUAUUAUCCAUGGCCCUACCCAGUUUUCAAUUAGUAAUUUGUACCCCUAAAUAUGUUUCUUUGGAAAAGAGCCUUCAGUUGAACUUUCAACUAAUAGACUGGGGUCCUUGCAAGUGGUUCUGUCUUCUCAGAUGGGUUUUGGUCUUUCAUCUUUCUGAACCGAAACCCUUCUCAUUAGGUGUCAAAACACUAAUGAACUUGCAAGGAAUUUUAAAAGCUGUGAUAGGAAAUGCCAAGUUUUGAUAGAUAUUUUCCUGAUGGACCAAGACAGUGAGGAAGCGUAAUUUCCUGGGCCCUGUGGAAGAUUGAGUUCACCUUAGGCAAGAAGUCAGGGUCGGGUCAUAGGACCAUAUUGCCCAGGUGGCUGAUACUGUAUAGAGUCCCUUCCAGACCAAGAGGACCCUGAGUUUCCCCACUUUUGUUGCUGAAGUUACUGCUACCAGGUGAACUCCCUGCAGUAG